AUGCUGUCGAGAAACCUCACUCGAUCCUCGCGCCGACUUGCUGUCGCGAAGCGCACCAUUUCUCCGUCCGCCCGUCCCGUCCGGCUCCUGUCCACCACGCCAAGGCUCCCGUUCAGGUACACGAUGACCCCUAUGAACUCUGCGGCCUCCCCCGACGCUUUCCAGCUCCUCCCGGAGGCUCAGAAAACCGGAUCCGCCGAAGAUGCCCUCUUCGACGCCCAAGUCGCCGAGAUCGAGGCGUGGUGGAAGACCCCGCGUUAUGACGGAAUCAAGAGGCCGUAUAGCGCUGUGGAUGUCGCUACCAAGCGAGGCACGCAGCAGGUUGUCUACCCCAGCUCCGUGAUGGCGAAGAAGCUCUUCGAUCUCGUCAAGGAGCGGGGUUCCAAGGGCGAGCCCAUUCAUACCAUGGGUGCUAUUGAUCCUGUCCAAAUGACCCAGCAGGCUCCUCACCAGGAGGUUCUCUACAUCUCCGGAUGGGCCUGCUCCUCCCUCCUGACUACCACGAACGAGGUCUCCCCCGACUUCGGCGACUACCCCUACAACACCGUCCCCAACCAGGUCCAGCGUCUGGCCAAGGCCCAGUCCAUGCACGACCGCAAGCAAUGGGACGAGCGCCGCAAGAUGACGGCCGAGGAGCGCGCCAAGACCCCCUACAUUGACUACCUCCGCCCCAUCAUUGCUGACGGUGAUACCGGCCACGGUGGUCUCUCUGCCGUCCUCAAGCUCGCCAAGCUCUUCGCCGAGAACGGCGCCGCUGCCGUCCACUUCGAAGAUCAGCUCCACGGCGGCAAGAAGUGCGGCCAUCUUGCCGGUAAGGUCCUCGUCCCCAUCGGCGAGCACAUCAACCGCCUCGUCGCGGCCCGUUUCCAGUGGGACGUCAUGGGAUGCGAGAACCUCGUCAUCGCCCGAACCGACUCUGAGAGCGGCAAGCUCAUCAGCAGCACCAUCGAUGUCCGUGACCACGAGUUCAUCCUCGGUGUUGCCGACGAGACCAUCCAGCCCCUCGCCGAGACCCUCCAGGCCAUGGAAGCCAAGGGCGCCACCUCGGCCGAGAUUGACGCUUACGAGGCCAACUGGGUCAAGACCACUCCUCUCGUCACCUUCGACGAGGCUGCCGUUGCGCACAUGAAGAAGGAGGGCGUCGCCCAGGCCAAGAUUGACGAGUACCUCGCCACCGUCACUAAGGAUCGCGACCUCGGCCUCGCGAGCCGCAGGAAGCUCGCCAAUAGCUACACCUCCACCCCCGUCUACUUCUCGUGGGAGACUCCCCGUACCAGCGAGGGCUACUACCACUACCGCGCAGGCAUCGAUGCCGCCACCAAGCGUGCCAUCGCCUUCGGCCCCUACGCCGAUCUCCUCUGGGUCGAGACCGGCGACCCGAACGUCCAGGUCGCCACUGACCUGGCCCGCGCCGUCCGGGCCAAGCACCCCGGCAAGGGUCUCGUCUACAACCUCAGCCCCUCGUUCAACUGGAUGGCGCAUGGCUUCACCGACGCGACCCUCAAGUCCUUCAUCUGGGACAUCGCCAAGGAGGGAUUCGUCCUGCAGCUCGUCUCACUAGCCGGCCUCCACUCGACGGCGACCAUCUCGAACGAGCUCGCCAAGAACUUUGAGAAGGACGGCAUGUUGGCUUAUGUAAACAUCGUGCAGAGGAGGGAGAAGGAGCUCGGUUGUGAUGUCUUGACGCACCAGAAGUGGAGCGGUGCUAGGUACAUGGAUGGCAUUAUGGCGGCGAUCAAGUCGGGUAACUCGACGUCGCAGAGCAUGGGUGAGGGAAACACUGAGGGUCAGUUCCAUUAG